AUUCUUGUUUUUAUAUGGAAAAAAUAACCCAGGGGCUCUCCUCUCAUUGGUCGUACCUUAGACAUUUGACAUUCAUGAAGUACAAAAUGCUCCGCUGGUCUAUUGGGUGCCUUUAACAAGACAUAUUUUGAGAUAUUUCCUAUUUUCUUAGUCUUAUGGUUUGUUAUGAUUUGAUUCUGUAUUUCGCAGAUCAUUCUUUCAUUUUUGAGAAAUAGCAGUAAUGGGCAUUGAUGGGGAACAAUCCCUGGAAGUGGGUCUGUUAGAAGGAGGACAUGAUCAGAUCCUACACCCACGAGAAGAGGAGAGUCUGAACACUGGAGAUGGAUCUACGGAUAUUCAUGGAAAGCCUUCCGUAAGGCAAAAUACAGGGGGAUGGAGGGUUUGCCCCUUUAUUUUAGGAAAUGAGUGUUGCGAGCGACUGGCAUACUAUGGAAUCAAUACAAAUUUGGUAACUUAUUUGACAACAGUUUUACAUCAGGGGAAUGCAACUGCAGCCAAAAAUGUCACUACCUGGUCUGGCACAUGCUAUCUGACAGCACUUUUGGGAGCAGUUUUAGCUGAUGCAUACUGGGGACGAUAUUGGACUAUUGCUGUUUUCUCAUCAAUUUAUUUUGUGGGAAUGGCUACUUUAACUGUCUCAGCAUCUGUUUCUGCCUUACAACCUUCCUCCUGUACAGGCGAUGUAUGCCCAACAGCAACUACACUUCAAUAUGCUGUGUUUUUUCUUGGGCUUUACCUGAUCGCACUAGGAACAGGAGGCAUCAAGCCCUGCGUUUCUUCUUUUGGGGCAGACCAAUUUGAUGAUAGCAAUCCAACAGAAAGGAAGAAAAAGGGGUCUUUCUUCAAUUGGUUUUAUUUCUCAGUCAAUGUUGGUGCACUUGUUUCAAGCAGCAUUCUGGUAUGGGUUCAAGACAAUGUUGGAUGGGGAUGGGGAUUUGGGAUUCCUACAGUAUUUAUGGCAUUAGCGAUAGGAAGUUUCUUUUCUGGGACACCAUUGUAUAGAUUCCAAAAACCUGGAGGUAGUCCGUUGACACGCGUAUGCCAAGUUCUGGUUGCAUCAUUUCACAAAUUGCAAACGAAAGUUCCUCAAGAAAGUGCACUUCUCUACGAGGUAAAAGACAAGCAUUCUGCAAUUCAAGGAAGUCGAAAACUGGAACACACAAACGAAUUCCAUUUUCUGGACAAAGCAGCUACCAUAACAGAUGAAGAUGUUCAGAGUGGUGGUUUUUCAAAUCCUUGGAAACUAUGUACUGUGACCCAAGUGGAGGAGCUGAAGAUUUUGGUCCGAAUGUUUCCAGUCUGGGUUACUGGUAUUGUGUUUUCGGCUGUUUAUGCUCAAAUGUCCACAAUGUUUGUGGAACAGGGCAUGACCAUGGACACCAGAAUUGGUUCUUUCAAAAUUCCUCCAGCGUCAUUGUCUGUGUUUGAUAUACUUAGUGUCAUGAUAUGGGUUCCCAUUUAUGAUCGCCUGCUUGUGCCCAUAGUUCGCAAGUACACUGGUAAUGAAAGGGGAUUUACUCAGCUGCAGCGCAUGGGCAUUGGAUUGGUGGUAUCCAUAUUCUCUAUGGUAGCAGCUGCUUUGGUUGAAAUCAAGCGUCUGGAUGUAGUCAAAACUCAUCACUUGGAACAUGACACAGUCACACCAGUUCCAAUGAGCAUCUUGUGGCAGAUCCCCCAAUACUUCUUGAUAGGUGCUGCAGAAGUCUUUUACUUUAUAGGACAGCUGGAGUUUUUCUAUGAGCAGUCACCUGAUGCCAUGCGUAGUUUGUGCAGUGCACUUUCUCUUCUUACGACAUCGUUAGGGAAUUAUUUGAGUACCCUAAUUGUUACCAUCGUGACUUCUGUCACUACAGAAGGGGGGAAACUAGGAUGGAUACCAGACAAUCUAAAUGAAGGUCACUUGGAUUACUUCUUUUGGGUUUUAGCUUGUCUCAGCUUCUUGAAUAUGCUGGUGUAUAUUGCUUGUGUACAUAGGUUUAGUUACAAGAAAUCUAAUUGAAAACCGAAUCCCGAAUUAAUUGGGGAUCCACUGUUGUAAUCCUAAGCCAUGGCAAAAUAUUUUCCUAUUAUACAAGCAAAAGUUUGUAGGAAUGGUGGAGAAAAGGCUUCUCCUAAAAAUCUUUAUUGGAAAAUGAAUAGUAAAUAUUUAUGCUUUCUAUAAUUCUAUGAUUCUAAAAAUUGUUAAAUCA